CAGUUGGGCGCACUAUAUGCGUAUUCACCGAACUUUUUUGAAUCAAUAGCCAUUCCAGAUGACAUAGUUUAUAGUAUAAUGUACAUACGUUUUAUAAGUUCUACGUCUACACCUGUAAUGUCUGCAGAGCAAGAGUAAUUCUGAAAAAAUCUCCUAGCUGUGUUUCCGUCAUUACUAUUUCCAGUGCCUUGGCGAGGUUUAUCGAUAUGCAGUCCCAUUUCCUCCAUAAACCGCUUUUGUACCAGUUUUUUCUUUUCGUCUUUGUUUUUUUUAUUUUCUGGUGUAGUGUAGUUGACCACUUUUGGAAAGACAAGUUAUGGGAAAUGUGUAAAAUCAUCUCCAUACUUCUAAUCCAAGCGUGUAGUGUUGACAGUCCAUAUUGAAAUGAACUUUCAUUCACAUCUCGUGUCCUAAUUGCCUCUAAGUUAUUCAUUUGCCGAG